UCCAGCUUCUAUAUCUUGCCAAUUUUAUGAAUACGUAAUAUAGAUAUUUUUCCAAAUAAUUCCAAAAUAUGGCAUCGAUGCCGAAAAUCGAGUCGUCUGCCGUCUUGGAAAGUCUUAUUAAACCUGAAGAACAUGCUCGGUAUUGUGAAACCAAAGGAAGAACCACGGAGAAGCUGAUACCAACAAAAAAGAUCAAACCUGUGGGCAAAGGUUCACAACAGAAAAAUAAAAAGAAACUGUCUCGCAAGGAAAUUGCUCAGCUGGGAAUCUACGCUCUGCCAGUGGAUACGAUUCGUUAUGAACAGAUAGUUCCAUUGAACCGACUUUGGCGCGGCUAUAUGGGCCGUUACUUGGGAAAGGAGAGGCUCCCUGAUGUGACAGAGGCUCAAUAUAAUCAGUUAACUUCAGAUAUCCUAAAAGCCGAUUUUCAUGGAGCCAAAAUAAGCGUGAUCAGGGCAAAAAAUCCCAGCCUAGUGGGGAUCAGAGGCAUUGUGGUGCUAGAUACAAAAGGGACGUUCAAAUUGGUAUCAAAAGACGACAAAAUGCGCACCAUCCCGAAGAUGGAUUCUGUGUUCCAAAUCCACUGGAAUAAUAUCGAUGUAACCAUAUUUGGAAAACAUUUGAACGCAAGGUCAGCUGAACGGUCGGUUAAGAAAGUUAAAGUUUUUCCAAUUUGUGAUUUGGAUUAAUAUUUAAAUAUAUAUAAAUAUAUAUA